UGACUUCAGAAUCAAAAGGGAAGCCCACAUCAUUAAACGACUGAGGUGGCAAGAUCAAUGGGGGCUUUUGUUUUUUAUGAGCAGUUGAGCACCGAUGCCAAGAAGAAAAUGUAAAAGGAAGAACUGCACAACAACAGCGAGCUCUGUCGACAGACUGAAAGCGAGAAGCGGAAGAAGACGAUGGCGUGGAGCGCGACGAUGAUCGGAGCCCUGCUGGGAGUGGGCACCCAGAUGUACUCCAAUGCUUUGAGAAAGCUACCCUAUAUGCGCCAUCCGUGGGAGCAUGUCGUCGGAAUGGGAUUGGGGGUGGUGUUCGUGAACCAGCUUGUGAAAUGGGACGAAAAGCUUCAGCAGGACCUUGACAAGAUGCUUGAGAAGGCUAAAGCUGCCAACGAGCGCCGCUACCUGGAGGGUGAUGACGAUUAGUGUUUUUGGCUUUGAUGCGCUGGAGAAUCGUUCCAGCGGUGUUUGCAUUUUCCUAAAAAUCUGGGCUUGAACCGAUGUCCCGGCAUUGCUGUGUGAUCUUUGAUAUGGUUUUUCCUUGCUCUGCUUUUGUAGUUUUAACUUUUAAGAUUGUUCAGCAGUUUUACUGAUGUUUUCCUCAAGCACAGACUCGUGAAUUUCGCUUUUUUCGGUGAAUAAUGAGAGGCAACUAUUGAUAUCUGCAAAGCUAUAUCAGACUCAUUUUCAUUCCUUUGCUCUGCUGCUGUAGUUUUAAGGCUGUUCAGCAAUCAGCAGUAUGAUUCAGUCUGAUUGUUCAAUUGCAUGCUGCAUUUCAUGUAAUAACAAAAUCCAUUGAGUGAUAUGUUGUAUCUGUGUGAUGAUUGUAGCUUGUAAAACUACAUGGGAAG